AUGAUGCAAAGAUUUUAAGGGUUUUAACUCAGCGAUAACGAUUCUUAAAAAGAAACUAUUACUUUAUCAUCAAAUAAUUAACAUUAAUAGCCUAAAGACACAAUAUCAUGUAUAAAAUGGAUUCCUUUACCAAACAACCACAUGUUUGUUUGCUCAACAUGGGGUGGUGAAUUAAUAUUCUAUUAAUGUGUAUUUUAGCAAUACCCUGUCCUUUAAAUGGUCAAUUACUUUGAAUAUACCCACCCUAUUGUGACAUGCUAAUGGAAAAGUGAUGCAUCAUGUGUUUUUUUUGCAGGAGGAGACGGUUCUUUAAUGUGUUACUAAAUAAAUAACAACAAAUAUAGCAAUCAAUAAGUCUUUUAGAUAGAUUAAUAUUAGCUUCCUGCUAUUGGUAUAUUUUAUGUUAAUCAAUAUGAUAUACUACUAGUAGUCAAUUGUGAAGGAGAAAUAGUACUUUAUAAUGCUUAAAAUUUUUAGAAUCCUCCUAUAAAAACAAAACUAGAUUUUCCAGCAAUAUGUUGUGAUUUCAAUUACCCUUUAGUUAUGAUUGGCUUAAUGGAAUAAAAAAUGGUUUUGUUUAACUUAGAUUCCUUGCUUAAGAAUAAUCAAUACAAAUUUGAGUAUAAAGAAUCUUAGUUAGGAAAGGGAUCUCCUCUAUAGUGUGUUGCAAUAUCUCCAGACAUGAAUGUAAUUGGACUUUCUUCUUUAGAUGGAAGAGGGAAUAUAUCUAAACUUAAAAAGAUAGAAUAGUACAACAUGCUUCCAACUUAUACUUCUGAUAACGUAAUAACAUUCAAAGGGCACAAAGAAGAUCGUACUCAGUAAUCAAGCUAUUAUAGAACUCCUCAAAAAUAUCAGGAUCUCUAUCCUAUUAAUCAAAUUGCCUUUAACAUAAAAAAUAAACACUUUCUAGCAACCUUAGGAGCUGAUGGAAAAAUUAUAUAUUGGGAUUAUGAUAGAAAAAAUAAAAUUGUUGAAUACCAAUUUUCUGGCAGAGCUAUAAGCACUGGAGCAAUUACAUUUGACGGAGAAUUUUUGGCAUUUGGGUUAGGAUAUGAUUGGAAUUAAGGAAUGUAAGGUAUAGGAGGAUAUCCUCCUUCAAUUCAUGUUUUAAGAAUUACUGAUAAAGAACUUUAUUAUAGAGGAAAUUGA